AUAAAUCUGCGGUCACACUGGCGACAACUUAAACUAAAAUUGCAAAGUAUUAACUAUUAAGGAGACAAAAUGUCCACUAGCGAUGAUUCACCAGACGAGCUGGUGAAGCAGGUUGUGGAAAUCACGGCAUGCACUGCGGAUGAAGCCAAACACUAUUUGGGAGCCUGUGCCAACGAUGUGGCUGCCGCGGUGGCCCUGUUUUUCGAGCAGGGUGGUGCUGCGGCUGCCUCGACAUCAUCGACGAGCGCGGGUCCUUCAUUGCCAAUACUGGACGAUGAAGACGAAGUGCGUGCUCCCAUAGCUCCGAUUAGGGAGCAGCUAUUACUGCCAGAAGACGACAACUUCUUUGCGUCCGGUGGCAGCAACAGCAACCGGCUGUCGCGUGUCUCGCAGCGGCAGAAGGUCUGUCCUCUCCGCGACUUUGCCCGAGAGGCAGCCCUGAUGGAGGAGCAACUGCAGGCCACAGGCGCCUACUCGGACCCCGGCGCCCACCGAAGGCGUCGCGAACGCUCCGCCCAAAUGGUUGUCGCCGGACAGGCCAUUGCGCUGAAUUCACGCGCCGGAGCGGCCACAGCCACCACCACAUCCCGCCUUGGUGAUCUAUUCCGCCCCCCCACAGACAUACUCUAUUCCGGAACUUUGACGGCGGCCCGCGAGUUCGCCACCAAGCGGCAGCGAUGGCUGCUGGUUAACGUACAAGGGGAUAACUUUCAGUCGCAGACCAUGAACCGCGAUGUCUGGUCAAACAAGGAUCUGAAGAAGUUGGUAAGGCGUCAAUUCACGUUCUGGCAGGUGGACAACGACACCUCCGAGGGACGCCGCUUUGUGGCCUUUUAUCACUGCGCAAAGCUGCCGUAUCUGUGCAUCAUUGAUCCCCGCACUGGCGAGGAGGUUUGGCGCAGCCCGGAGCCCACUCAGGAGAAUGUUCUGCCUGAUUUGAGGCAAUUUCUGCGAGAGCACCGCGACUUUACCCACGAAGAUGCUCCCAGUACUUCGUCGAAACGAGCUGCCACGAACAUUGAGGACGAUGAUAUCGAGGACGUGGACCUGGAUGCCGAGGCCUCGUGCUCGUCGGCCAGUUCCCGCGGAACGCCAAAGAAGCGAGCCAAGCUGCUGGAGCUCACCGAGGAAGAGCAGCUCGAGCUGGCCAUCAAGAAUUCGAUGAACGAAAACGGAGAUGCCAACAAGGUGGAUGGCCAGGCCAGUGAUGCCGAGAGCCUAGAGGAAUUCGACGAUGACGAGCUCAAAGUGGCUGCAGCUGCCGCCACCUCCUACGAAACUCAGCUGGGCGAAGCCACGGACGAGGUGACCACUUUAAAGCUGCGUCUUUUGAAUGCCCUGGGCGCCGAUGAAAUCGUUCAGCUACGCUGGCCCUCGGACACCAAGCUUCAGACCCUGCGUCUAUACAUUCGCCAAACGCACAAGCACAUCCCACAAGAGGGCUACAAGCUCAUCUGCGCCUUUCCGCGCAAGUCGCUCGAGGCCGAGCACAACCAGAGCUCGCUGAAAGAUCUCGGACUGCAUCCCUCGGCAAAUGUGCAUCUCACGCUGGACGACUAGACUCCAUCACUCUGUCCUCUGUCUGUCCAAAUCAAGCAGCGCAACGCACUUUUCAUUUAAACAUUCAUUUAAUUGGUCUCUGGCCCCGUACUCCGCAUCCCCCAUACCCAAAAGCUCCACACAAACAAAAAAUGCUGUCUUAAAUAUAAGUAACAAUACAUUGAAUAAAACCUACUCUACUAGGAAGGCUACUUAAAUCUUCCAUUUC